CCCUUCGGGUCCCGAGCGCAGGCGCCCACGGCCACGGCCACGUCCCGCCGCGAGAGGGGGAGGAGCGAACGUGCGCGGCAGGCGCGCGCAGGCUCCGCGAUCGAGCCCGGAGCCGCCUGCGCGCACUGCGAUCGCGGCGGGUGGCCGCUAAGCACCCGAGCGCUUGGAACCCCGCCCCUGCUGCACCGGAUGCCAUGAGUUGCUAAAAGUGACCUGGCUUUUCAGCCUUUUCCUCCUCCUCGCUGUUUCUAAUCUUUGGGCUGGGAAAGUUGAUGAAGGUUGUGGGCACUGGUGGCUCGAGUCUGGAGAGCACAGUGGCGGACUUUGUUCCUGUUUGGAUCUGACCUCCUCUCGUUCUGGACGGGUGAUUUGCUGGACAGCUGGACCCUGCAGGCCACAUGUGCUUAGCAAAGGAGAGUUUCCUCUGCCUUGGGGUGCGGCCUGGGGGGCACAGAGCCAUGUCGGACCUGCUCCUGCUGGGCCUCAUCGGAGGCCUGAGUCUGCUGCUGCUGCUGACACUGCUGGCCUUUGCUGGGUACUCAGGGCUGCUGGCCGAGGUGACAGUGAGUGCCGGCUCACCCCCCAUCCGCAACGUCACACUGGCCUACAAGUUCCACAGGGGGCCCUACAGCGAGACUGGGCGGCUUUUCACUGAGAGCUGCAGUGUCUGCCCCAGGCUUCGCUCCGUGGCCAUCUACUAUGACAACCCACACCUGGUGUCCCCUGAGAAGUGCCGUUGUGCGGUGGGCAGCAUUCUGAGUGAAGGCGUGGAGUCACCCUCCCCUGAGCUCAUACAGCUCUACCAGAAGUUUGGCUUUAAGGUGUUCUCCUUCCCGGCGCCCAGCCACGUGGUGACGGCCACUUUCCCCUACACCAGUGCCCUGUCCAUCUGGCUGGCUACCCGCCGUGUCCAUCCUGCCCUGGAUGCCUACAUCAAGGAGCGGAAGCUGUGUGCCCACCCCCGGCUGGAGAUCUACCAGCAGGACCAGAUCUAUUUCAUGUGCCCGCUGGCACGGCAGGGAGAUUUCUAUGUGCCCGAGGUGAAGGAGACAGAGCGGAAAAGCCGGGGCCCUGCAGAGGCCAGUGACACCCACAUGGACGGCACAGGAGCUGACACAAUGAGUGACACGAGUUCUGUGAGCCUGGAGGUGGGUCCUGGCAGUCGGGAGACUUCAGCUGCCACACUGUCCCCUGGGGUGAGCAGCGGCCGUGGCUGGGACGACGGUGACAACCGCAGUGAGCACAGCUACAGCGAGUCGGGUGCCAGCGGCUCAUCCUUUGAGGAGCUGGACCUGGAGGGCGAAGGACCCCUGGGGGAGCCAAGGCUGAGUCCGGAGGCUGAGCUCAUGGGGGCUCCCAAGUGGCCCCGGGAGCUCAGUACCCCUGAGAAGGGUGAGGAGUAAUGUGUGCCCCCCUCCUGUGGUGCCAUCACUGAGGAACUGAGUAGACUCUUCAGCCCUCUUCUUCCUCCACCUUCCGGGCGGGGCUGGGGCCGGACUCCUGCCCCCAGUCCUCUCGCUAAGCCUUCUCUGCACUGCCCGCUUGGCUCCCAGGACCGAAGGAGCCACGGGCCAUUUUCUGCACUUGGCCCCGGGACUGUUGCCUCUGUUACAUCUUUUCUCAGAUUCACAUGGGAGCUUCCAGGACUCUGAAUAAAGCAAAUGAUUUUCUUGUUUCACCUGGA